AUGAGGCUGUUCUCAACCUGCGCGGCUGUGUUGCUCGCAGCACAGGCGGCGGGCUCUGUUAUUACCCAUAAGCUCAACGGCUUGACGAUCGUGGAGCACCCAGAUCAGGAAAAGAGGGAUCAGUUGCAGGAAUAUGUGACCUGGGACGAGAAGUCGCUCUUUGUCAAGGGGGAGAGGAUCAUGAUUUUCGCUGCUGAGAUUCAUCCGUGGAGACUCCCAGUCCCUUCUCUGUGGACCGACCUUCUGCACAAAGUCAAAGCCCUUGGCUUCAACGCCGUCUCGAUCUACGUCAAUUGGGCGCUUCUAGAAGGAAACCCCGGAGAAUACAGAGCAGAAGGAGGCUUUGCCUGGGAGCCGUUUUUCGACGCCGCGGCUGACCUUGGUAUCUACCUGAUCGCUCGCCCUGGACCGUAUAUCAAUGCAGAAGCAUCCGGCGGUGGAUUCCCGGGAUGGCUGCAGAAACUCAACGGGACGAUUCGGUCGUCGGAUAAAGCAUACUUAGAUGCGACUGAGAACUACGUCUCACACAUCGCCGGGCUUGUUGCAAAAUACCAGAUCACAAAUGGCGGACCGGUUAUCCUCUACCAGCCCGACAACGAGUACAGUGGUGGCUGCUGUGGGCAGGAGUUUCCGAACCCAGACUACUUCCAGUAUGUCAUCGACCAGGCUCGGAGAGCGGGCAUUGUGGUGCCGAUGAUCAGUAACGAUGCAUGGCCGGGUGGUCAUAAUGCUCCUGGGACUGGUAAGGGAGAGGUUGAUAUCUAUGGACAUGAUAACUACCCCGUUGGGUUUGAUUGCUCCAACCCUGAUGUUUGGCCGGAGACCAUACCAACCGACUAUCGCGAUCUGCAUCUCCAGAUCAGCCCGAAAACUCCAUACACUAUCGUCGAGUACCAACAAGGUGCUUUCGACCCUUGGGGGGGACCCGGUUUCGACAGCUGCGCUGCGCUUACCAACCACGAGUUUGAACGAGUAAUGUACAAGAAUACCUUCAGCUUCGGAGUAUCUAUUCUUGGGGCGUACAUGACCUUCGGUGGAACAAACUGGGGCAACCUCGGCCACCCAGGCGGAUACACCUCGUACGACUACGGCUCACCCAUCACUGAGACGAGAGGAAUUGCUCGAGAGAAGUACAGCGAACUGAAGCUGCUCGGGAACUUCAUCAAAACGUCACCAUCGUACCUCCUCGCAGUACCGGGAAAACUGACGAAUACGACAUAUACUACUACCGAAGCCCUAACAGUGACGCCAUUGAUCGGCGACGAGACAGCCUCAUUUUUUGUGCUCCGCCAUUCUGACCAUCGCAGCCGCGAGUCUACUUCCUAUAAACUUCACCUCCCGACAAGUGCCGGACAGCUGACUGUCCCUCAACUCGGCAGCUCACUGACGCUUAAUGGACGAGACUCUAAGGUCCACAUUGUCGACUAUGAUGUUGCAGGCACAAACAUCCUCUACUCGACGGCGGAGGUGUUUACCUGGAAGGAGUUCCAUGACGGCAAAGUUCUUGUGCUGUACGGUGGGCCUGGAGAGCACCACGAACUGGCUGUGUCGACCAAGGAGGAUGCGAGAGUCCUGGAGGGGCCAAAGUCGAGCAUUACUUCGAAACGGGUCCGAGGCGCCGUUGUGGUGGCCUGGGAUGUCGAGACCACUCGUCGCAUCAUCCAAUUUGGUGACUUGAAAGUGCUUCUUCUCGACCGUAACUCUGCGUACAAUUACUGGGUGCCGCAACUCGGAUCAGAGACCACCAUCCCCUAUAGCACAGAGAAGAGCGUAGCUGCGUCUGUUAUCGUCAAGGCUGGAUACCUCGUCCGAAACGCCUAUGUCAAGGGCCGCGAUUUGCACCUAACAGCAGACUUUAACUCCACAACACCUGUCGAGGUCAUCGGCGCACCACGGACGGCAAAGAAUCUUUUCAUUAAUGGCAAGAAAGCGCAUUACUCGGUGAACAAGAACGGGAUCUGGGCGACGGAAGUUCCGUACUCCCCGCCUGAUCUCGAGCUUCCCAACUUAGAGACUCUCAAAUGGAGGUAUAUCGACACCCUCCCCGAAGCUCAGCCUGACUACGACGACUCUGCCUGGCCAGAUGCAGACCUCCCAACUCAAAACACCAUUUACCCUCUGCGCACCCCAACCUCGCUCUAUGCGGGUGACUACGGGUUCCACACGGGAUACCUGCUCUUCCGCGGCCACUUCACAGCAAAUGGCCGCGAAACCAACUUUUCCAUCCAGACACAGGGUGGACAAGCCUUUGGCAGCUCGGUCUUCUUUGACGGCAAACACCUAGGCUCCUGGACGGGAGCAAACAGCUACCAGGACCACAACGCCACAUACACACUGCCCAGCCUCAAAUCGGGAAAGAAAUACACAUUCACAGUGGUAGUUGACAACAUGGGCCUGAACGAAAACUGGAUCGUCGGUGAAGACGAGAUGAAGAAACCGCGCGGAAUCCUCAACUACAACCUCACCGGCCACACCGCGGAUUCGAUCACCUGGAAACUCACCGGAAACCUCGGCGGCGAGGAAUACAUUGACAAGUCGCGCGGCCCACUAAACGAGGGCGGCCUCUUCGCCGAGCGCCACGGCUUCCAUCAGCCCUACCCGCCAACGGCCAAGAGCAGUGAGUGGAAAUCAGCAUCCCCACUCACCGGCCUCGACGGGCCUGGAAUCGGUUUCUACACUGCUUCCUUUGACCUGGAUAUUCCGCGCGGCUGGGACGUUCCGAUCUCGUUUAACAUCGGGAACAACACAACCCCCGCACCGGCUUAUCGCGUGCAGCUGUACGUUAAUGGAUGGCAGUACGGUAAGUAUAUCAAUAAUAUCGGCCCGCAGACGAGCUUCCCUGUUCCAGAGGGGAUCCUGAAUUACCGUGGGAAUAACUGGAUUGCGGUUACGCUGUGGGCGCAGGAGGAAGAUGGGGCGAGGCUGGAUAGUUUCGAGUUGCAGUAUGAUACGCCUGUUAAGACGACGCUUGAUGUUGAGGUUGUUGAAUCGCCGAAGUAUAAAGAGAGAAAGCGGGCUUACUAG